AUGGGCACGCUCGGCACCAUCGCCGCCAUUGUCAUCAUCGUAAUCAUCAUCGCGAUCGUCUUGUACACCACCCGAAAGUACGGCUGCUGCUGUGGCCUUGUCAAGUGGGGAAAAUCCAACAAAAAGAAGGAGCUAGACAUUGACCUGAAACAUGGCAAACCCUCCAUAUCUCCGCCGACACAACAGCAGCCGCAAUGUCAAAACCCAGCCUACCAACAGCCUCAGACGCAGCACGCAUCGAACAUUCAGUCUCAAUGGAACCCAGGGGCUCAUCCUGAACAAGGCCAACAGCCGUUUUCCCCACCAUACUCUCCGCUUUCGUCACCGCGUAACUUGUAUUCGAAUGGCUACCCAGUGCCUCCGGCAUUGACACCGAACCCACCUGCGACGAGGCCGAGGGCGAAAGGGAGUAAGAGUAAGCCGACGAGUGAAGCGGGGACGCCCGAUUCCCCUGUCGCAGACUUUGCACCUAAGAAGAAGAAGAAGAAGAAGAAGAAGAAGAAGAAGAAGAAGAAGAAGAAGAAGAAGAAGAAGAAGAAGAAGAAGAAGAAGAAGAAGAAGAAGCAGGAAUACAAGGGGUCUGACGGAUUUGAGGAUGUUGACUUAUGA